ACAGAUGUGAAACGGGUCAACCUUUAGUGCAGCUGAUUUUAAACAAAAGUGAGAACGACAUGAAACAAAUGCUUCAUCAUUUGAACCAGUUAAUUGAAAUCAGAAUGGACGAGCACACUCGGCUGGCGUUCCUCUUUCAGGAAAAUGCUCAGAAAUUCAUUGAUGAGUUUGGUGAAUGUCGCUCUAGAAUGUGGCAGUUACUGUCAGAUCUGGAGGACACGGCAGGUCAUCUGGACAGUAUGAAGAAGGGGGCCAGUAUAUCCACUGUGGCUGGUAGUUCAGUGGGGAUAAUAGGGGGUGUCUUGUCUAUUACUGGAAUCAUUCUUGCCCUUUUCACUGCAGGAGCAUCACUGGGUCUUACUGCAGCAGGGGCCGGUCUGGGGGGCGUCAGUGUAGUCAAUGCUGUUGUAACAGGAAUCACUGAAAUGGCAGUCAACAGUCACCAUGAGCACAAUGCACAAAGCUAUUUAAAGAGUUACAAGGAUGACAUGAUAAAGAUUGAAGACUGUUUGAAAGAAGUGGCCAACAGUGAAAGACCUUUAGUGCAGCCUAGUGGAGUUGAUGCUGAGACCAUUUUAACCGAUAUUGGAGAAGUGUUUAAAGAGACACUGAAUGGGAUGGGUGCAGCUGCAACCUAUAUAAGUGUAUAA